AUGUUACUGGUCAUAGUCUCGUGGAUUUCCUUCUGGUUGGACAUCCACGCUGUUCCUGCGCGAGUAGCUCUAGGGAUUACCACCAUCUUGACUGUCAUCACCAACUCACGUGGCGUUAAAGACUCCAUUCCCAGGGUGUCCUACAUUAAAGCUGUAGAUGUUUGGAAUCUCAGCUGUACUCUUCUUGUGUUCUUUGCCUUUCUGGAGUUCCCGCUCGUCAACUUCAUAGCCAGGAAAGCCAGAAACAAGCUGGCCGCUCAGAUGACUGAUCCUGAUAACCAAAAGUCUACAGAGCAGAAUCCAAACCGGAUCUUUCAGGUCGUCCGACCAUCGAGACACAGCAACAAAGUGUCAGAUAAUAGCCGCAGUAAAAAACCUCAAUUUAACAUAACACCGGAAGAUCUGAUUAAGACCAUGGAAGACAGUGAUGAUGACGAAGACGAAGAAACGAGUUUUGAUAUUUUGAAAUAUCUACCAAUGGCAACCGAGGAAUUAGCUCGUUCCAUAGAUCGAUUCUGUCGAGGCUUGUUUCCGCUGAUAUUUGCACUGUUUAAUCUUGUCUACUGGGUCACGUGGUCACAUAAGUAAUCGUACGUGUGUUGUUAUGUUAUGUUAUUUUUUACGUUCAUGUGACAAAGAGUUGAAAUGACAAAAUAUUAAUAUCUCAAAUUGUUCGUUUUUUUUAUCUUCGAAACUUAUGAAUGAUAUAU